AGCCUCUGGAACUCCUUUUCAGCCCCCCUACACUCUGUCUUUGCUUGGUUUCUGGCUCUUGCAUACAUCCUCCUGUCUUGCUCAUCGUUUGACCCAACCCACGUCUUGAAUUUCUAGGUUCUAAUGUGACGUGUUAGGCUUGAGCUCACAUAAUAGAAACAUUCUUUAUGUAGGGGAUGUACAAUGUCCUCUUAGAGCAAAAAACAACAAUUGGAAAAAAAAUUGCAGUUUCGUUAAGGAUGAUGUACACAAGUUUUUCACAUUAAUACACAGAUUGCAUGAGUUGUACUGCACUUUUUUCUAUAUGAUACUCUACCAGUAUUUGGUGGAUUCUCAUGUAUAUUUUCAGUAUACAGUCCUGUACUGUACUUGAUGAUAAUCUAAGCUGAUAAAUGGUGAAAUGAUAAACUGAGAGCAGCAUGUGGGGUUGAGAAGGCUGUAGAAAACAACUAAUACAAAAGUUAGACAGGAAAGUGGAAAUGGAAGAAGAAUUGGACAGAGUUGAUAAGGGUUUGUUAAGUUGGUAUGGACCUACAGUGGGAGUGAGAAGUGAAAGAUUGGUAAAAAAAAAAAAUUUGUAAUUCAGAGGAAGAUAAUAAGAAGGAAAAGGUGUGGAAGAAUAGGAUGAAAGAAGUAGUAAAGUGAGGGGAUGGAUAUCCAGGAAGCAGCAGUGCAUGUGAAUGAUGAGGGAGCAUAACAUCAAAUGGUUUACAGGGAAGUCACAGCAGGGAGAAUCAGUGGGGGAAGGCAAAUGAAAAGAGAGUCUGAUUUUGCUCUGAAGUUCAGCUACCCUACACAUAGUGGGAAAAGGCUGACAAGAAUAACCAAAAAGUCUCCUAUACAGUGCUGUAUGUCCAUUAACCACAUUCCUUUCCAUACUAAAUAAGGUUUAAAGUCCCUAUCUUGUAAUUAUAUCUGUAUAUUGGAUGGAAUUUCCUACCUCAAGAUAUUUUACAUCUUACAAUACAGAAAUAUCUAAGUCAAUCUUCGGGGUCAAGGUCUUUCUCAAGGUGGUACUGUCAUGAGAUGGCACUGGUCUUGCGUUUAUCGAGCAGCUUAUCAUUUGUUAAAAGCCCUAGUGAAUGGGUUAAUAUAGUCAUUUCUUACUGCCUCACUAAGCUUAGAUACAUUGCUUUAUUUUUCUACUCUAGUAAGCUUCUAUAUGAAUAUAUAUAUAAAGCAGCAUGUGCAAUUUAGCUCUUGAUCUGCAUCUCUAAUUCACUGGGAGCAUGAAAUUUUUUAGUGAAAGAUGAAACUGAUAGUAAAGCAAACAGUUGAGACAGUAAUCUUUGAAGUGUUAAAUUCCAUAUUAAGGUCAUAUAUCGUGUAAUCUUGGAAAAUGUCUGAUCUGGAAAUGACAUUUGAAAUGAGAACUUCACUUUCUCAUACUGUGUAUGAACCUACAGCCUGAUGUUCAUUAUAAAUGUACAUAUUAUGAUUUAUAUGAACAAGCACUUCAGUUCUCUGGCAGAGUGCAUUCACACACUGACCUCAUUUGAAAUUAUUAAGAAUUUCACUGUAGUAUUUGAUUCUAGUGCUUAUAGGAGCCAUUUUACCCUAUAUUGCAGCAUCUGCUGUUUGUAUCUGAUAAAUUCUAAUAGAGUUUUGCAAACUUGCCAAGUAUUGAUUGUGCUGAUUUUAAGCAUACAUCUUUAUGAUGUCCUCUUCAGUGUCCUGACUACCGUAGUCCCUAUGUCUAAAGGAUGUCCCACUCUUCAGUCAUUAUCUUUGUUCUGUACACAUAUAUAAAGUAUUUUAUAUUAAACAAAACAAAAACAGAAAAGAACACUAAAAACCAGUGAAUAACUUAGUGUUAGAAUAACUUCCAAUAAUUGGUCAAAAUCAGGAUAUUUCAUAUUAAUUGUUUGUCUUUUUAUCUUGUCUAGUACUGUAUCAAGUAAAAUUAUUGGGAAAUAAUGCUUGAAUGCCACUUGUUUAUAGCACUUAAUGGAUCACUGUGUAACCUUUUUGACAGUUGUCAUUAGCCUGAUCAAGCUAAUUAGAUUUUACCAAAGUUUUGAACUUUUCUUAUGAACCUGUGUUGUAUAGGAUUUAUUAACUACACUAACAAUAUGCAGUACUGUAUAAGACCUUAGUGUAGGGCAUUUUCAUUUUGAUAUUGUACAAUAUUCAGACCCAGUCACCUUUGUGUUAUAUAACAUUAUUAAAAAAUCCCUUUUGCUGGAAAGCAUACCACUCCACAUAAUGGGAAUGAGGUGCAUUGUAAUCAGUUCUCAAUGUACUGUAUGAUAUGUACCUGUAAUACUGAAUUUUUAGAAGGACCCACAUUCUCUGUCUGUUAUCAUAUUCCAUUUCCAACUAAAUUGGGGUCCCUUUUCCAGACCUUAAAGAAUAGUACAUUACAUCUUAUAUGACUUAUAAUAAGAACUGAGGACUUAAUGUUGAUUGCACUAGCCAUUCUCCAACAAUUUAAGAAUAUUAUAGAAUCUUUAAACUUUCUUCCAUUCAAUGACAUUCAAAUCCUUCCUUCUUUUAUUCAUCUUUAAGGAAUAUUAAAAGAUAAUCUCUUCUUUAUAAUCAGCAAAUUUUACAAAAUACCCCAGUCAAGUUCUCUCAGUACAGUACUUUGUUUUGACCUUCCUGAGUUCCUCUCCUUAUCAAAUAGUCUUUCCUUAGUCUUUAAUCCCCAACACCCCAACACCUUGCCUAAUGGUAAAUGGUUUUACUUUAUUUUGCAUUAUUUACUACCGCAUUCAUUACUAAGUCACCACUUGCCCUUUCAGUUUUACUGAUUACCUGUGCUCCAUUUACCUCUUCCAAUAUCCUCAUUCAUAUCCCUUCCUCAUUGUAAGUCUCUCAUACCCUAUCCUCUUGUCCACCUGACAUCACCACAGUCACUUGUCCUCUUAAGAUCUUCAGUUACAUUCGACAACGUAUACUUUUUUCCACCUCGCCUUUCACUUGAAAUUCCUUACCUCCAUCCUAGUCUUAAAUUCAUUUUCCAUACCCUUACUACUUGUACAUCAUGGUCUCAUCAUUAUUUUUUUGUGUUGCAGCAUGUGGGAUGAACUUUGCCUAUUCUGGCCAAAUCAUCUCCCUGGCACAGUACUUUGAGAAGAAACAGUCCAUUGCCACCUCCUCUGCCAUGAUUGGAAUUGGAUUGGGCAUAUUUUUCUUGAGUUCUCUGACAGAUGUCAUUAUAAGUGAGUAUGGAUGGCGAGGGUCCUUCAUCUGGAGUGCAAGUCUGAGUCUUCAAGUAGCAGUGUUUGGUGCUCUAGUUUUCCCCCUUCAACCCCUGGCCCAGAGUCCAGCUGACAGUUUGAGUCUCCAGCACCAGACAGAAGAUAACCCUGGUUCGACUGUAACACACAGAGGAAUUCCAUCUUCCAAGAGUCGAUAUUUCUUUGAGAAGUCAUUGAAUGACAGGUCAUUUUCAAGUCUCCGUCUGUCAGCUGCUGCAAGUUAUCUCUCCCACUCCAUCUUGAGCCUGAAUGACUCUCAGUCCAACACCCGACGCAAUAGUCACUAUGAUUUGAGUCUCAGGUCCAACCAACAUAGCUUCUGCUCAAGAGGGUCACACUUUGCUAUUGGAAGUAUAAGGUCCAAUGGCUACAGCUUCUGUACUAAGGAUUCUCAUGCUGAAUUGUCCCACUUUGACCUGCGUUCCAAUCAGUUCAGCUUCCACAACAAAGAUUCUCAUGGGGACUUUGGUCUCCAGUCCAACAACCAAAGCUUCUGUUCUCGUCGAGAUUCUCAGGCUGGUGUGAGUGGUAUCAAGUCAAACCCUCAGAGUUUCUCCAAAAUCUCACAGGGGGACAUAUAUCAACACCUCCAGGUUGAGAGUAUGAAGGGAACUUGUUCAGGCCAUGGAGGAGGCCGAGCUCGAUUUCUCCUGCGUGAGGGUGAUUGCGAUCUUGGCUGCUGUGUUGAAGAGGAGGAAGAAUUCUACUCGAGCAACGAUGAAAUGCCCACCCCUCAAAAUGAACGAAGGUCCUUAUGUAUGCUCCUGAUUGAGAAGAUGAAGCGACGCACAUAUACUGCUAUUAAGAAUUUUUCAAGUUACAGGAAAUCAUCAGAUCAUCCCCUUCUGGACAUUCGCUUCUGGCUGCUGGAUUUUGCUGUCUUCUUUGUGAUGGUUGGAACCCUCUGUCUCUACAUCAUCUACAAGGAUUUUGCAGAUUCUAAAGGUGUAGGAGAUUACUAUUCAAUGGCUCUCUCUGGAAUUGGUAUUGGAGAUCUCUGUGGUCGAAUGUGUACUGGUUUCUUAAUGUCCACCAGACUUGUUGAUCCAGUUUUCACCUAUGGUUUGGCAUUACUGUUAUGUGCCAUUGUGAUGAUGUGUCACAUUUUCAUCAGCACCAGUACUCACCUUCUUGUACUAACUGCAAUGUUUGGCUUCCUCUAUGGGAGCCAGAAUGUUCUUAUUGCUGUUGCUCCAUCCAUGGUGUUUGGCAGAGAGAAACUUAUUACAGUAUUUGGACAUAUUCUUUUCCUUGGGGGCAUAGGAGCUCUCAUCGGGGCACCUGUUGCUGGAUAUAUUGUAGAUAGCACUGGUAGCUAUGAUGGAGUCCUCUUCUUCUCUGUGGUAAGUCUUACAUUAGGGACUUGUCUCAUGUUUAUGUGCUACUUCAUCCAGCGCAAGAAAGCUGAUCAACAACAGGUAGAAAGUGUCUAAGGCAUUAACUUGUCACAUUUUCCACUUCCAAAGAAUUAGACAAUAAUGGUGUGAAAGCUUAUGCAUUUUUGUUUGUACAAGAGAAUGAUCUGUUCGAUAACUAUGUAGAGAUGAUAGGAUGAUGUGCUUAAGAUUGUAAAUGUAAAGGAUCAAUAUAUACAGUAUAUACGUAUAUAUAUAUAUAUAUAUAUAUAUAU